UUGAUAAAAAGCGAAGUGGGUCGAUGUAAACAGUCGCUUGACAACCGUGAUUAUUUUCACAUUUCGAUGUCCGUUUAUAAAUUUGCAAACUUUAUGAAUCCAAAAUGGCCUCGAAAAUACAUAUGUCAAAUGUUUAUGUUGAAAAGCAAUCGAAAAUGCGGCUGGUGGAGGCUGCAGCGGCUGGUGACAUUUCAACCGUAAGAAAACUUCUCAGAAAAAAAGUGAAUCCAGAUAUCCGCGAUCAGCAGGGUUACACAGCUUUGUCAAAAGCAUGUGCAGGCGGAUAUACCGAUAUAGUUAGUCUUCUGCUGGAAAACGGAGCAGGUCCAAAUUGUACAACUGGGUCCAAAGUAACCCCUCUGCAUAUAGCGUCAAAGGGAAAUCAUACUGAAAUUGUGAAAUUAUUGCUGCUGUGUGGCGCUAAACUGGAAGCAGAAGCGUGUUCUGGAGUGCGACCAAUGGAUGUAACGAAAUGCUACUCGGACGCCUGGCAUAUUUCACGGGACGCUCAACAGGGCGCCAUGCCUGUUAUUAUCGAAGUGAACGAUUUACCGGAAGUCCCAGCCUACGCUAUUCCAAGUGUUGACAGUAAAACAUCAAUAAAGAAAGGGAAGAAAGGGAAAAAAGGAAAGAAAGGAAAAAAGUCCGGAAAGAAAGGUGGAAAGAAAGGGAAAAAGAAAAAGAAAUAGUUUUUCCCGUUAAUUUUCCGGCUGGUUCAGUUUUGGUGCUAACUUGGAGAAUCGUGCUGUUGUUGUGUUUUUAGUGUUUAGAAUCUAGACGAGAUGGUGAUGCUGUUAGUUUAUCUAACAGACGAAAACACACAAAAACGCACUUAAGAACUAAACUAACAAUUUAACUACAACAAAUACAACUUGUAUGAUAGAUGUUUGUUUCUGCUGACAUAUACGGGGUGGGGGUUUUUAGAAUGCAGAAUAUACGCACUACCUUCCUGGGAUCUGUAUCAAAUAUUUUUAUAACGUUUAAAGAAUUUAUUAAUCAACUGUUCUACACGAGGAAGUAGAUGCUCUUGCAUAAGCGUACGAGGCGGGGGGUGGGGUGGGGGGAGCCUCGAAUUCAGCCAAAAACGAUGGAGAUAUUCGGACAAAAUGAACUGGCCUGAAACCCUUUCACGAUGUAUUUCCAUCAUUCUCCCUACUAUAUCAGUUGUAAUCCGUGAAAUAAUGCGUAGUGACUCGUUUGUAACCCUAUAUAGCUGUUUAGAAAUAAUGUUGAUAUGAAUGAAUGUUAUCCAGAUUCUGGCAUUUUCGCUUAAUUUUGGCAAAAAUCAGCCUCCCCUUCCCCCACCCCACGACGUACAAAAAUGAGCGCCCGAACGCCUCUGUGUUCUUGGGGAGGGGAGAAACCCAUGUUUUUUGUGAGUAGUGAGUCUAAGUGAUAAUAUGUUAAUGUUGUCUGUUACUGUAUUCAUUAUACGUAUUCGUGGCUAUUAUACACGAUUGCUUUCUGUACUUACAUAUGUGAUCAUUUGUCAAACAGCCAUUAGCGUGAUGACUAAAAAUAUAUACAAUACACAUAC